AGCACACACCACCAUCCAAGCCGUUGCAACGCUCGACUACGACCACCGCUCUUGCUGACAUUGUCAUUCCGCUCAUUGAGACAUCGGCAUGCCCGGCAGCCUGGAUUCGUCCGAGUCUGGUCACCAUGUUCAGAAGGCUUCGCGAGAGAUCGAACAAGCGCUCUCGGACACUCCCCUCCGAGAAGGCCGGUCAAGCUGAGAACAAGGCUACCUUAGAGGGUGACGCUGAAGAAAAUGGUCAGCACCACCCUGGUGUCGCCAAGCGGCUGAAACCGGCCGCCGAGCACACUCCGCCCAUCGGGAGGGUCCUCGAGGUUCCGGAUCGUGAGCUGCGUGAGCUUCGCCGGAUUAUCAAGAACGCCCGGGUUUCAGAAGGCGUGCUAUUCGAGAUAGAAGAGGAGCUGGAGGAGAAGCUGGCCUCCUACGCGAGCGAGAAGGUGAAGGAGUACGAUGACCUACGAGACCAAAGUACCCUCUACGAGGCCUCCCUGGCAUUCGACUAUGCCUGCACUGUGAAGGCGACGCCUCUCGAGAAGCAAGCCAACAAGGUGCUGCAGCAACUCAAAGAGAGCGACAUUGCGCGCUUCUACGAAACAGCACCCAAGAAGCGCGGUUACCGCGGCCAGGAGCACCCCCGCUUCUACGGCGACCACUUCCUCUCCAAUGCCGACCUCAUCGAGAAGACUCAGCUCUUCGCCCUCUGCCGGGCCAUGCCCAAGGGUGCCCAUCUCCACAUUCACUUCAACGCCAACCUGCGCCCCGGUGUCCUGCUCGGCAUCGCCCGGGACAUGGAACGCAUGUUCAUCUGGAGCAACAUCCCGCUGGUGGGAGACGAGGCCUUCGACCUCUGCAGGAUACAGUUCAGCAUCAUGAACGCGGCCGCCGUGGAAGAGAAAGGCGAGGGGAACCCGUUUGAUAGCAGUUAUCAGGCCGGGAGCGUCAUGCAGUUCCAGCAGUUCCGAAAGGCAUUUCCGGGAGGGCCCGAGGCGGCCGACAGCUGGCUGCAGCGUAAGCUGGUCUUCCAGGAGGACGAAGCCCACAACCUGCUCCAAACACAAGAAGGGGCGUGGGAAAAGUUCAAUGCGAGGACCCAGAUGAUGAAGGGUCUCUUCAACUACGAGACGGCCUAUACGAGGUACACGCGGCAGUGUCUGGACGAGUUCGUCGCCGACAACAUCCAGUACGCCGAAAUCCGGCCCAACUUCAUGUCGUCCAACCAGGUCUGGAAGGACGACGGUUCCAGCCGGAUCGACAACGUAGGCAUCAUGAACCUGAUCAUUAACGAAUACGAGGCCUUCCAGAGAGACCACCAGCGUGAGGUUCUGAAGGGACUCAAGGUCAUAUACUGCACCCCGCGCUCCUUCAGCGAGGAGCAGGUCGGUGAGGCCUUGAUGCAAUGCUUCCAGUUCAAGAUGGACAAGAAGUUUGGCCCUUACAUUGCCGGCUUCGAUCUCGUGGGCGAAGAAGGCAAGGGCAAGCCGCUGAAGGCCUUCCGCUCGCAGCUCCUCCAGUUCCGGGCGCUCUGCCGGGCCGCCGACGUGGAUGUCCCCUUCCUCUUCCACUGCGGCGAGACGCUGGACAUCGGCACCGACACGGACGGCAACCUCCUGGACGCGCUGCUGCUCGGCGCCAAGCGCAUCGGCCACGGCUUCGCCCUGCCGCGCCACCCCUUCGUCAUGGACCAGAUGAAGCAGCGCGCCGUCUGCGUCGAGGUCUGCCCCAUCUCCAACGAGAUCCUCGGCCUGACGCCCCGCAUCAGCGGCCACGCCGUCUACAACCUGCUCGCCAACAACAUGCCCUGCACCAUCAGCUCCGACAACGGCACUCUAUUCAGAUCCCGCCUCUCCCACGACUUCUACCAGAUCAUGGCCGGCAAGCGCGACAUGACGCUGCACGGCCUGCGCCAGCUGGCCGAGUGGAGCAUCCAGCACUCCUGCAUGGAGCCCGACCUGAUGCGCGAGGUGCGCGCCGAUUGGGAGCGCAUGUGGCUCCAGUUCUGCGAGAGGAUCGUCCGCGGCGACUUCACGUUCCGGGAUGAUGUUGCUGGUGGUAAUGGUGGUGGUAAUGGUGAUGGUGGUGGUGAUGGCGGCGCGGCCAAACCUUGAGGGGGAUCGUUCGAUCUCGCGCUGAACAAACCAGCCCUGCUGGUGGGGCGCCGCCUGUCUGAAACUUGUUUUGCAUUCUUUUUACACUAUCUUGGGGUGUGAUAUUAGAGGGGUGGUGUUUGGAUAUGGCGGAUGCAGUACAGCGCGGCGAUUUUUGGGUUGCGGUUGCGGUUGGGUUACGGUUGCACGUUUGUUCUAUGUUUGGCCUGUU